GUCACUAAUAUUCCUAUCAAUAUUUUACCUGUUGGAUACCCCAGUCAGAGUCAUGGUCAGAGUUCAUACUCGUCCGAUGACUUGCCCAAGGCUCUUGUGAUGACUCUGAAUCAGGGUUCACCCGUCAAGAGUAUGGAUUUUCAUCCUGUAGAGCCAAUCUUACUUCUUGUUGGAACAAACACGGGAGAGAUCAUGGUGUGGGAUCUAGUUAGUCGUGACAGACUUGCUCAUAGAAGUUUCAAGGUUUGGAAUAUCGGAGCAUGGUCAAUGGCUCUGCAGGCAUCUCUUGCUAAUGACUAUACUGCAUCAAUUAACCGUGUGAUUUGGAGUCCUGAUGGCACCUUAAUUGGUGUUGCAUACUCCAAGCACAUUGUGCACAUAUACUCCUACCAAGGUGGUGAUGAUCUAAUAAGAAACCACCUAGAGAUUGAGGCGCAUGUUGGUAGUGUCAAUGAUCUUGCUUUUUCUUAUCCAAAUAAACAACUUAGCAUCGUCACAUGUGGGGAGGACAGGCUCAUUAAGGUAUGGGAUGCAGUAACAGGGAUCAAGAGUUGGACUGCAUGCCAAUUUGGGGCGGAUUCACGGGGAGAUAUGGGGGUAGAGGGUAAUGAGGGUGGUAGUAGGCUUGAUAUAGGGGAUACGAAAAAGAAUUCAGUCAUAGGUGGGAACCUGACAGAUGAAGCGGGUGGAGAUUUUCUCCAGGGCAGAAGACGUCAGGCUUUUCCAGCAUCCGGAAAUCGAAGUGCAACUUUUCGUUGA